AUGUUGGCGCUGUGCGACGCGGGCCAAGCGUUUGCGCGAUCCUUGCGGCGAUUGGGCGGCGGCGAGGGCGACUGGGAGGUGCGGCAGAAGGCCGUCGAGAGGUUCGACGCUCUCAGGCAUGCCAGCCUCGGCGCACACGAGGCCUGGAAGGCUCUGGCGGCCACUCUCGAGACCGAGCGUGGGGCCCUCGAGGCGCGCAGCGCCCUCGAGGAGGCCGCGCGCGCGCGUGGGGAUGCCCUUGGGGAAGUGGCCCUCCGCACUCGGGCGCGCGAGGCCCGGGAGGCGGCAGUGGCGGAGGCGGAGGCCUUCCUGCGCUCCGCCGAGGAGUCCGAGGAGCGCCGCGCUCGCCUGCGGGACCAGCUGAAGGCUGCCUUCGGCGCGGCAUACCUGGAGGUGCUGAGGCUGCGGGCCGAGGAGGAGGCCGCCGCGUCCAGCCUCGCCUCCCUGCGCGAGUGGUGCGGGGCCGCCGAGGGCGAGGCUUUCGAGGAGGCGCGGGCUCGAGCCGCCUCGCAGGCGCACGGGGCCGCCGAGGCGCUCAGGGCGGAGCGGCGCAGCCCCGGGAGGGCGGAGGAGGCCUGCAGGGCCCGGAAGCGGCCACGCACCUCCCCGCCAUGA